ACGUCUGGGACCUGUUUGGUGGAAGCGGCCAUGUCGCGAGCAACUCGCCCACCCACCUUCCCAGUGAGCUUCCAACUCCUGAGCAUCGCGCUGGUGUUGCUCAUCCACACAGACAGCACACGUGCAGAGAGCCCCAGCGAGCUGCCUGUGAACGACACCGAGGAGUGCACUGGCUCAUACAUCUGCAAAAAGGGGGUGAUUUUACCCAUAUGGGAACCCCAAGACCCUUCAUUCGGUGACAAAAUCGCUCGGGCAACGGUGUAUUUUGUAGCAAUGGUGUACAUGUUCCUGGGAGUGUCUAUCAUAGCUGACCGCUUCAUGUCCUCCAUCGAGGUCAUUACAUCCCAAGAGCGGGAAAUAACCAUCAAGAAGCCCAACGGUGAGACUAGUAAAACCACAGUGAGGAUCUGGAAUGAGACCGUUUCCAACCUCACGCUGAUGGCCUUGGGCUCAUCUGCCCCCGAGAUCCUCCUGUCUGUUAUCGAAGUGUGUGGUCACGGCUUCACGGCGGGGGACCUGGGGCCAAGCACAAUCGUGGGGAGUGCUGCAUUUAACAUGUUUGUCAUCAUUGCGAUCUGUGUUUACGUUGUUCCAGAUGGAGAGAUAAGGAAGAUCAAGCACUUGCGAGUUUUUUUUGUUACAGCGGCCUGGAGCAUCUUUGCCUACACUUGGCUUUACAUAAUUUUAUCUGUGUCUUCUCCUGGGAUUGUGGAGGUUUGGGAAGGCUUGCUCACCUUCUUCUUCUUCCCCAUCUGUGUGGUGUUUGCCUGGAUAGCUGACAGGAGGCUUUUAUUUUACAAGUACGUCUACAAGAAAUACCGAGCUGGCAAGCAGAGAGGCAUGAUCAUUGAGCAUGAGGGUGACCGGCCCUCCUCCAAAGCUGACAUUGAGAUGGAUGGAAAGGUUGCCAAUUCUCACGUGGAGAACUUUCUGGAUGGGACACUGGUGUUGGAGGUGGAUGAGAAAGACCAAGAUGAUGAGGAAGCCAGGAGGGAAAUGGCUCGGAUCCUGAAGGAGCUGAAACAAAAGCACCCCGAUAAGGAAGUUGAACAGCUUAUAGAGUUGGCCAACUACCAGGUCCUGAGCCAGCAGCAGAAGAGCAGAGCCUUUUACCGCAUUCAGGCCACUCGGCUCAUGACGGGAGCUGGCAACAUCUUGAAGAGACAUGCUGCAGACCAGGCCCGCAAAGCUGUCAGCAUGCAUGAGGUCAACAGCGAGGUGGCAGAAAAUGAUCCCAUCAGCAAGCUCUACUUUGAGCAGGGUACCUACCAGUGUCUAGAGAACUGUGGCACUGUUGCCCUGACCAUCAUUCGCCGGGGAGGGGACUUGACCAACACGGUGUACGUUGACUUCCGGACAGAGGAUGGGACUGCCAAUGCUGGCUCUGACUAUGAGUUCACUGAAGGGACAGUGGUCUUCAAGCCUGGAGAGACCCAGAAGGAAAUCCGUGUUGGCAUAAUCGAUGAUGACAUAUUUGAGGAGGAUGAGAACUUCCUGGUCCAUCUCAGCAAUGUCCGUGUGAGCACUGAGGCCUCGGAUGAGGGCAUUCUCGAGACCAGUCGUGUCUCAACACUUGCCUGCCUGGGAUCACCAUCUACUGCCACCGUCACCAUCUUUGACGAUGACCACGCUGGCAUCUUCACCUUCGAGGAGCCAGUAACACACGUCAGUGAAAGCGUGGGGACCAUGGAGGUGAAAGUGUUGCGAACCUCUGGUGCACGAGGAAAUGUUAUUGUGCCCUACAAAACCAUUGAAGGCUCAGCCAAAGGUGGAGGAGAGGACUUUGAAGACACUUGUGGGGAGCUGGAGUUCCAGAACGAUGAGAUAGUGUAA